AUGGUCGCCAACCCCGGGGACACUAUAGACACCCAGCGCGUUGAUGGAGUCCAAAGCGGCAUCCAGCCCACCGACCGUGAAAAGCAGAAUAGACUUGCUCUUUACAUACCAUAUACAUCUUGGGCAGAACGGCCCCCGAAGCCGAAAACCGUGGGAAGUAAGAGCUCGUCGGUGCCAGAACCAGUCGGCGGCAAUAGAGCAAACGAACCGCCAGCACCGGCAGAAGAUCAACAAGCUCGCAGACCAUCGACAGACUCCGGGCAGCACGAUCAUCAUAUAUUGCAUUCAUCAAUGACACUAGACCAGUAUUACUGCACGUCCUUAGAGGACACCACAGAUCGGGACUUUGAUCAGGUCGUCUCACGGUACCUGGAAAAUCAAGAUGGACCAAAUAGUAACGUGGAAAAUAGCAUGGGCGAGGCCGUCCGAGCUGAACAUCCACCAGUACAACCUCAGAACACCGCGGACACGGAGAAAGGAACAAAUCAGUUGACCAUCCAGAUGUUGAUGGUCGACCAGCUCUGGCUUUGGAUCAUCGACGAAAAGACCAUCAUCACAAGUACAACCCGGAGGACAGACACGGAUGAUCCGGUUCUGCAGAAAAUUCUUGAAGGACUUGUCAAUCACAGAAGCAAAGGUUGGAGUCGACCAACAUCGGUGGACAUAAUGCUGCGACUGUUGGUUGACACUACUAUGGGCUUUCUGUCAGACAAGAAGGCCUCAGCCAGCGGGGAAGCCAGUCUUUUUGAGGAGUUUCAGGGCUUCAUCAAAAUCGGUCAAAAACCGAACGACAUGGCUCAGAAAAACAGCCCGGAGCACAGCCCUCAGGAGAGAGGCACUCAGACGAAGAGCCCACAGAUGGAGAACCCCUACUAUGACAUCAAGCGAGAGAUCGAUCUAUUGCGGAAGAUUAAAGACAUUCUCGAUGAGCUACACAUUUUGAAAAGCUUGGUCGAUGAUCAAGAAGCCGUCUUUCUACAAGCAUUCCCGGCGGAGCGUCCAGACCCUUGGACCGAGCUCUAUGCAUAUUCUCAGGUUGCAGACCUAAAACGGGAGCUCCAGGAGAUGACUAGGGAAGCUAAAGAAGUGCAAGAGGCAAUUUAUACUCUCCUAGACUUGAAGCAGAAACAGGCAAAUAUCUCGGAAGCCAAGGCUAUGGCCGAGCAAACGAGAGAGGCAGGAAUGCAGACACAGCAUUCCGCAAGGCAGAAUGACACUAUCAUGGUCUUUACUGUCGUGACUAUUAUCUUCGUGGGCCCCUCCCGGUUUCACUGCUUUGCAUUCAACGCAAGCUGGCUGCUGGAGCUUGUUGCCGCAUCCCCCACGCCAUCAUCGGCAACUCUUAGCCCUCAUUCAACCGAUUCAAACGGUCCGAAAGAGAAUAUGUCGGAUGGUAACGGAGUGCAUCCAGGGAUAAUGUGGCGAUACCGAAACAUUCGCUCUGCACAUGGCCCAGAUAUUGAACAGCAGUAAUGGCAAACGGAUUCAAGCAAAUGUCGUCAUCAGCGGGUACAUCGCUGCCGGGGUGGAAUUAUCCGAAAGCUCGAGUGCUCAUUUUAUGGGCUGAGUUAUUU